UGGCGUUGCACACGUUUACAACGUGACCUUUCGACAUUUUUUUCGAUGAGGACGGAUGUAAAAUUGAAUUCAGACUGACACAAAUGUAAGACAUUCAAUGGAAUAUUACCACGAUUAUAUGAUCCAUUCUGUCCUUGUUGAGAGUGGACCUUAAUUGCAGUUUGUAUAUAUAUUUUUUCUUCUCGUGAUUAUGAAACAUAAACACAGUCGCUUUCUAUCUUGUCUGCACGUCGAACGGUAUUUCCUCCUCUCCUGAUGGACACUUCUGGAACUUUAAAUAUAACGACGUGAGUGUCAACAUCUUGACUCCAUAUACAUGUAUCAUCAAACCAUUGAAAUGAUGAGGUUUCUCACCCCACCGCUUUUGAACGAGCUGCGGCGGCGUCUCUCGCUGUUAUCCACUGUCGCAAAUAAACAGCUACCACUCACCUGCCUUCUCCCACCCCACCACUCUGCACCCCUAAAACGGCCUCUCUAUACUGGGGCCACACUAAGAAAAGAUGUACCCCUCCCUCAGUCUAAAGAAGAUCAGACUGAAGAGAAACUGGACCUGGACAUAUGGAAGUCUGUGAUGAGGUUUCAGGUCCCAGCGGUGGAGGAGGAGAAACAGGGAGGUGAGGAGGGAGGUGGUGGUGCUGCUCCUUCAGGACCAGGAGGAGGUGUAGCAGGGCAGGAGGAGGUCUCCCCACUGGAGGCCACCAGAGAGCUGGUAGUGAUGUGGCGUCAGGCUGGGAAGCUGGUGCCAGAGAUCAUGACUGACGAGGAGCUGGGGAUCUUGGCUGAGUUCCAAACUAAGUCCUCCAAGAAGAAGUACCUGAAAUACCUGGCCAUCAAGGAGGGCCACAAGAACAACCACAAGCAGAAACAGGAGAAGAAGAAGGCAGAGAGGAGCGAGAGGUUUCUGGAGGACGAUAGGAUCAGGCCUGGCGGUGUGAGAGGAGAGGAGGGGGAACUGAGGAACACUUUCCUUCUCCAGUUCUGGGGUCGUUCCCUGGACAAGCUGCUGGGGUGGAGGUCGGCCCAGGCCGUGGUGUUCGGCCAGCCGCUGGUAUUCGAUAUGUCCUACGAACAGCAGAUGACGCGUCGGGAGGUGGAGAACACUGUGUCCCAGCUGAUGGAGGUGGAGGGGUGGAACCGCCGAGCCCCGGACCCCUUCCACCUACACUUCUGUAACUUGCAGCCGGACGGGGGUUACCACAGGGAGCUGGUUAAACGGUACGGCGCAGAGGCCUGGGAGCGCCUCCUCAUCACCUCCACAGAGCAACGUCACGUGGACCUGUUCCCCCGGGACGACCUGGUCUACCUGACGGCUGACUCCCCCAACGUUCUCCGUACCUUCGACAACUCUAAGGUCUACAUCGUGGGCUCCAUGGUGGACCGCUCCAUCCAAUCAGGGCUCUCCUUGGCCAACGCCAAGCGUCUGAAGCUGAAUACGGCCCGUCUGCCGCUGGAUGACUUCCUCCAAUGGGAGACGGGGGCCAAGAACCUGACCCUGGAUCAGAUGAUACGCAUCUUGCUGACACUGAAGGAGAGUGGGAGGUGGGAGGAGGCGCUGGAGCACGUACCGAAGAGGAAACAUGAUGGAUUCUACCAGGAGAAACCCCAGCAGGACAGAGACAGAGGCUCAGAUAAGGACAGGAGGUUUAGUGGCAGAACCAGAGGAGACACAGGGUUCAGGGCUGGGGACAGAGAGAGGGCAUUUAGUAGAAGAGCCAGUGUAUUGAAGAGUGGGGACAGAGCAAUUAGGAAUGGGGACAGAGAAGGAGACAGUGACAAAGAAAUCAGGACUGGAGACAGAGGAGACAGUGACAGAGCAGUCAGGACUGGAGACAGAGGAGACAGUGACAGAGCAGUCAGGACCGGAGACAGAGAUGGUAUGGAGGAGUGGAGACAGAAACAGAUGAAUGGUGUGGUCAGAGAGAGAGGAUCCACUAGCAGACAUAAGGACAGUGUAUUCAGUAGCAGAGACACGGUAGCAGUCAGGAAUGGGGACAAAGAGAGAGGAUCCACUGGCAGACAUAAGGACAGUGUAUUCAGUAGCAGAGACACGGUAGCAGUCAGUAAGGAAGCAGCAGGGGAUGCAGAGAACAGACAGAACACACAGACCACCACCAGGGUACGGACAUCACUAAAAACCAAGAUGGAGGAUCGGAACAGUACAGCCAAGAGCGGGAAGAAAUUGCGGAAGGAAGAGUAGCCUUAUUGGGCCAAAUAUCCUGAGACAUUUCUCCUCUGAAUGUUCUUCAGUUUCACCCUGUUGCGUCAAUGGAUUCAGAGAUGAACUGAUGAAAAGCACUUCUAAAUGCCUUGAACACUUGACAGGUGUGGCCUAUCAAGACGCUGAUUAAAACAGCAUGAUCGUUACACAGGUGCACCUUGUGCUGGGGGACUAUAAAAGGCCAGUUCGGCAACAGCUUCAGGUGGACCAUGAACAGAAACAUUUGGAUAAGCAACUCAGUGACUGUUGAUUGUUUGGAAUCUUUGGCGUAAUUUGUUACUUCGUGUCAAUGUACACCGAGGAAAAAAUAUAUAAAAACGCAACAUGUGAAGUGUUUUAUGAGCUGAAAUAAAAGAUCCAGAACAUUU